AUGACGACUGAAGCUAUUGACGCUUGGCAGUGGGUGGAGGACUAUGACAGUCCGUCUUGCUUCUCCUUCGAGAGGCAGGACCAGCACCAGCACCAGGACGAGUUAAUCUGGUCAGGCUCAGGAGACGAGAGUUGUGUGUACCCGGCCGUCGGCAAAGCAUUCGAAACUUGCGCAAAUCUUCGAAAGCUAUCUUUCGUUUGGGGGCCGAAGGGGAGGACUUGGGCCACUGUUCGCGGGGCAGGUUCCGAGGACGGCGUGCUCGCGGACCAUGUGGUCUUUGAGGAGUGGAAGGUGUGCAAGCUCCCGGGGUACCUGGACUGGGUGCCGGCGAGCAUCAUCCCCUGCGCGGGCACGACGGCGUGGGCGGCGCUGAAGGGGGUGGGGAUCGGGCAGGGUGUUCUAAUCCAAGGUACGGGUGGGGUGAGCAUGUUCGCCCUGAAGCUCGCCCAGAGCGCGGGCAUGAAAGUCGUGUUGACAUCGUCGAGCGAUGCGAAGCUGGAGAGGAUCAGCCAGCAGUUUGCGAGCCCGUCACUUGUGACGGUGAACCACGCCAGGAACCCCGAAUGGCACGAGGAGGUGCUGAGGCUGACCGAUGGCAUCGGGGUGGACCUCGUGGUCGAGGUCGGCGGCUCUUCGUCCCUGGUCAAGAGCAUGAAGUGCACCCGGCGUGGUGGGAUAGUCAGCGUGGUCGGGUAUCUCAGCAAGCAGGAUUCUGGCCAGCUGGCAGAGCUUCUCCCAGUUGUUAUCGACAGGAGAGUAGUUGUGAGGGGCAUCAACGCUGGCUCCAAGCUUGACAUGGACGACCUCUGUGCUGCCUUGUCAGCUACGCAGAUCCAGUUUGACGACAUCAUUGACUCGAUAAAGCCAUUUGAAGAAGCCGAUGAGGCGAUUGAGUAUGUGUGGCAGGGCAAGCAGGUCGGCAAGGUCGUACUCCGUCUGUAG